CCUAGAAGAGCCCGUGCCGGAAGUGUCCGGCUCCGAGGAACAUCCGGCAGGCAACGCGCACCCGCGGGAAAUCAGUUCCGCCCGGCGCGGCUCGCGGCGGCGGCGGUUGGCGAGACGGUUGCGAUGGCGGCGGCGUUGAGCGGCGACGCGGCCUACAGCAGCAGCGCCCCCGCAUCCCUCCGCCUGGCCGCCGGCUGCUCCUGGGAGUGCGGGGACCUGGCCGGCCUCGUGCAGCUGCUGCCGGAGGACGCGGCGGCGGGCGAGGCACUAGGGCCACCCGAGCACAGUGAGGACUCAGUUGUUUUGGAGAGGCGCUUACCCAGUGACGGAAGUGACGCUUCUUGUGUGCUGUACCUGCACUGCGAUCCUCGGAGCCAUGAGGAAAUUGCUUGCGUUGGGGUUCUCAGUGAGGCAAGAAACAUGGAAGUGUACGUGGGAGAAGAGUACUGCGGGACAAGCAGGGGAGAGCAUGUCUGCACCGUCCAGGGCGGCAGUAAAAGUGAUGGGAUUACUUUAUACAAAAAGUAUCUUAAAUUGGAGUGUCCCACAGCCGCUUGUAGAAUUAAGCUGGUUUCUAUUGGUGAAAAACAGACAGUACUCAUCAGUAAAAUUGUAGUAAAGGUGAGAAAAGCUUCUUCAAAACCAGCAGAUUUUCCUUCACUAGGAUCAAGCAUAGAUCUAAACAGAGUGCAAAUGAUAAUGGAAUCCAUGGGGUCAAAGUUAUCUCCAGGUGCUCAGCAGCUAAUGGAUAUGGUUAAAUGUCAGCAGAAGAACAGUUUGUCUCUUGGAGACAAACUCCAGUGUAUCUUGGGAAACAAGAAACCUGUUUUUGGAGACAUUGGUACAAUAGGGGGAUUGAACAAUACAUCUGCUUCAAGAUCAUUAGACGAGUCAUCCAAUGGACCCUGUCCUCUUAACAGUUAUUUGCCAACUGAAACAGUUUCUGAAGAUUUAAAAAGACAAGUUGACCUGAAUGCACAGGGACCCAGCAGAAAGAAUACCUCUGAUCUUGGAGAACUUAAAAGGGCCCAGCAGAGCACUCUUCUUCCUGGGAGAGAUUGUACAAUCAUGGGGUCUUCAAUAAUACCAGAUAAAGCAAGUGAAGUCCUAAAUAUGCCUAGUUCUGGGCUGCUGCUUCCUUUUCUUCAGAAUGUGUGUGGCCAAGUUAAUCACCUUCGGUUAGAAGAUGGGAAUAAGCACUUUGAGAAGGGCACAACAGCUGAAGAAGAAGGCAUUCAAAAUGUCAGACUGGAGCAGCAGCCUAUUUGUUCAUAUUUGGAAAAGAUCAUCUCCAAAAAUAUGGACCUGAUGGAGAAAAAACUAAUGGAUUAUAUUGAUCUGCGGAUUCAGAACCUUCAGGAACAUAUAGAUAAUAAAAUUGUUCUCUUAGUAGACUUGGUUCAGAACUCAAAAUCAAACAAAGCCUCACAGGAACGCUAUGACUCUGGAGAAGGGUUCUCAAAUGGAGAGAGAUAGUCUGUGAAAGAUAGAAGACCUUAAAAAUACUUCUCAAGGGCAACUUUUGUGAUAAGCUUAUUAUUAUAAAUAUGUAACUAUAAAAUAUCUCGAUGUUUUUUGUUUGCCUUUGUUACUGUAACGCUGCCCAGUAUUGUACAAAACU